CUAAAAAUAAAUAAUGCUUUGAAACUGAUCUUCAUAAUCGCCAACGUCAAGCUCGAGUUACGUUUAAUUGAUUAUAAUAUUUUAUUUUUGUUGAAGAAUAAAAGGGAACAUUUUUAAAACCAUUUGAAUUCUUAAUAGUUUUGUUUGAAUUUUUAAAUAGUUUUGAAGUUUAUUCUGAGUUUUCAUCCUUGGUUGAAUCUGAUGACUUUUUUGUGUUCUAUAUUUUAAAUUGAGUUAUUGUCACGUACGAAUAAAUAAAUAAUAAUGAAUACCCUUGUCAGUCAACAAAGACUAAUGAAUGCCCCUCAGUUGGCUAAUUUGACUCAAACAGAUCAAGAUAAAGUAUAUCAAUGGAUAAGUGAGCUUGCUAGACCAGAAACUAGAGAAAAUGCUCUUCUUGAACUCAGCAAAAAGAGAGAAGCUGUUCCUGAAUUAGCUCCCAUGUUAUGGCAUUCUUUUGGUACAAUUACUGCUCUGUUACAAGAGAUUAUAAACAUCUACCCAGCUAUAAAUCCUCCUUCUUUAACAGCUCAUCAAUCUAACAGAGUUUGUAAUGCUUUAGCUCUUUUGCAAUGCGUUGCCUCUCAUCCAGAAACACGAUCAGCUUUCUUGCAAGCGAAUACACCUCUUUACCUGUACCCAUUUCUGCAUACCGUUAGCAAAACAAGACCAUUUGAGUACUUACGAUUAACCAGCUUAGGAGUUAUUGGAGCCUUAGUUAAAACUGAUGAACAAGAAGUUAUUAAUUUCCUCCUUAGUACUGAAAUAAUUCCACUUUGUCUGCGAAUUAUGGAGUCUGGUAGUGAAUUAUCGAAAACGGUAGCAACAUUUAUCUUACAAAAGAUCUUAUUAGAUGAGACUGGCUUAAAUUAUAUUUGUCAGACAUAUGAAAGGUUCUCUCAUGUGGCCAUGAUUCUUGGUAAGAUGGUGAUCUCUUUAUCUAAGGAACAAUCUGCACGCCUUUUGAAGCAUGUUAUCAGGUGUUACUUACGUCUAUCGGAUAAUCCAAGGGCAAGAGAGGCUCUGCGCCAAUGCCUACCUGACAAUUUAAAGGAUAACACAUUUGCUACUUGCCUUAAAGAUGACAAAUCAACUAAGCACUGGUUAAGUCAGUUGCUAAAAAAUCUUGAAACUGCUACACCAGUGACAGAAGAGCGCCUUGCCUAUAAUAUGUAAUUUUAUUAACAUCAUCCUGUUUAAAAAUAGCAAACAGACCAAUCUACUGUUUCUAAUAAAUAUUGAAAUAACUUGGUAACCUUUCUACAAACAUUUAUAAGGUCAUAAAACAUUAAUUUAUUUUUGCAGUUUUUCAAUAGUAUAAUCAAAGUAGCUAGUCUUAUUCAGGUGAAAUUUGGGAAAAAAAAUUACUACGCUAUUAAUAUAUAACUUUUUUUUUUAUAAAUGUGAUAAGAAUAUUUUUGUGAUAAAAAUGAAUUUCAUCACAGUUUGAGAAAGGUGAUUGUAGCUAGUGUGUGUAUAGAUAAUCUAUGCUAUAUGGCUUUUUCAUUACCAUGCUAAAUGUUUUCUUAUGGUGAAAGGCAUGUAGGAUGUUAAGCUAUGUACUUUUAAGGAGUUGUUGACUAAAAAAACUUAUAAAAUGUAAAUAUUUUUGUAAAUACAUGUAUCUUUUAAAAUAUUUUGUAACAUGUUGCAGAUAUUGUAUGAUAUAGAUUUGCUCAUAAAAUAUUUCUUUUUAUUGUAAUUAGUAUACAUGUUUCUCAAAACAAGUGAGCAUACAUUUUAUCAAUGUUUUUUUUGACUUUGAGAAUUUUUUCCUGUUUUUUAAUGUUUAAGUAUUUUAUAAUAGCGUGUGGAAUAGAUGAGCCAUUAAACAUGUAAUAAUUUAAAGCCGUUAGCUGAUAUUUCUUAUUCUUCCGAUUUCCUUUUGUGUAUACUGCAAUUUUUGUGUAUCUUAAUAUAAGUGAAGUUUUUUUUCUUUUCUUAAAUUAAUCAAAAUUAAUUUUCCUAUCAUUAUAAAACAUUAAUGCAUUUGUAUAACAAAAUAAAGUAUGUUUAACUUUAAGAUGUUAAUGUUUAGGCAAUGAUCAGUAAUUAAUUAAAUAACUGAUUUACUGAGUUUGCAGAGUAAAAUUUGCUCCGAAAGAAAAAUAAAACUUCUUAUAUAUUUACUUAAAUUUUCAAAAGUAUUUCUUUACUUGAAAUUUUAUUGGUUUAUGACAAACAUUUUCUCUCUUUUUUAUUACUUUUGUUUUGUAGUAAUAUAUUUGCAUUUAUAUAUAUCAAUAUAUAUUUUUUCUUGUGAAAUUUUUCUAAGAAUCUUACACAAAAUUUCAUUAAUGUUUAAUUAUUAUUUGGCUUGCACAUUUUUUUUUUGUUGAAAAUUAUGCCUCGAUUUCGCUACUCAUUUGUGAUCUAUUCUAGUGUACAUAACUUAUUUGUUUCUUUUUUUUAUUGAUAAAUUAUAUUUUGUUUCUUUGUGUAUUUUUUUCCGUAUAUGCUACUAUCUUACAAUCUGGUACAAAUAUUUUUUCAUCUAAUUUCCAAAUUGCCUAACUUUUUAAUUUCUUUAUUUUUUUUUCCAAUAACAGUUUUUUUAAAGCAUGUAUAAAUUUUUAAUUUAUUUAAUGUAUGGAGACAAUAAUUCUUCAAAAUCAGAGGCAUUUGAUUGAUAGCAUUUAAUGUUAUUUAACUUAUAUUUUAAAAUAUAUAUUUAAAAAAAAAAUUUGGUUCUGCUUUUUUGUUAGAUUUAUUAUUUGGUACCAAUUUAAAUCGUGGUCCUUGAAAACAAUUAGUGCCAAGAAAAUAUUUUGCAUCAAAAAUUGCAUAUUAUGCAAUGUUUGAACUAAGUGAUUCUUUUACAGCAUGCUCAACAUGUACUUAUGAUAUUUUUGAAUUUCUUUGAAUGUACUGUUGAUAAUUUAAGAUUCUUCAGUUAUGUGUGCAUAAUACAGGAAAUUUGCAAAUGUAUUUGUUCAUUGUGUUUGUGUCUCUAUUUGUAUUGUUUUUUGAAAUUGUUGAAAUAUAUGAUAAUUCUUUUCCUUUUAUCUUCAUUUAAUGACAAAGUAUUAGGAUUAUGGAAAGAAUAAAUUGAACAUUUAGAUGUAUUUUCUUUGAGAAGAAAAUAUAUGCUUUGCAUUUUAUUUAAAAUAAACUGCAAUUGUAUAAAACUGAAAUGUUAUUUUAUUUAAAAAAUAAAUUUCUGUUUUACUA